UUAAUGUUUCUGUGAGCGUGUACCCUCUCUUUAGUGUGGUAGUUGGAAGACAGCGCAUCUGUACUCUGAAAUGCAGUAAUUUGUAUGUGAAUGCAUCUUCCUUCUUGCAGGAGAGGAUUCUAAUAACUCAGUGUCAAAGCCAAGAUACAGACUCAACCGCUUCUCUUCUAAAAGCUUCUCCUUACAACAUGGAAGCCAUCGCCAAGUUUGAUUUCACCGCCUCAGGCGAGGAUGAGCUGAGCUUUCACACUGGAGAUACUCUGAAGAUCUUAAGUAACCAAGAGGAGUGGUUCAAGGCAGAGCUUGGGAGCCAAGAAGGAUACGUGCCCAAGAAUUUUAUAGACAUCCAGUUUCCUGAAUGGUUUCACGAAGGCCUCUCGCGACACCAGGCAGAGAACUUACUCAUGGCCAAGGAGGUUGGUUUCUUCAUCAUCCGGGCCAGCCAGAGCUCCCCAGGGGACUUCUCCAUAUCCGUCAGGCACGAGGAUGACGUUCAGCACUUCAAGGUCAUGAGAGACAACAAGGGUAACUACUUCCUAUGGACAGAGAAGUUUCCAUCCCUCAACAAGCUGGUGGACUACUACAGGACAACUUCUAUCUCCAAACAGAAGCAGAUCUUCCUGAGGGAUAGGACGCGAGAGGACCAGGGUCGCCGGGGCAACAGCCUGGACCGAUGGCCCCAGGGAGGCCCACAUAUCAGUGGGGCUGUGGGAGAAGAAACCCGGCCUGCGAUGAACCGGAAGCUGUCGGAUCACCCACCGCCCCCUCCAUCACAGUAUCCCCCAGCCCCACCACCGGCGCAGCAGCGGUACCUGCAGCAUCACCACUUUCACCAGGAGCGCCGUGGAGGCAGCCUUGACAUAAAUGACGGACACUGUGGCCUGGGCAUGGGCAUGGGCAGCGAAAUGAAUGCCACCCUCAUGCACCGGAGACACACAGACCCAGUGCAACUCCAGGUGGCCGGGCGAGUGCGGUGGGCCCAGGCGCUGUACGACUUCGAGGCCCUGGAGGAUGACGAGCUGGGAUUCCGCUCCGGAGAGGUGGUCGAGGUCCUGGACAGCUCCAACCCCUCCUGGUGGACAGGCCGCCUGCACAACAAGCUGGGCCUCUUCCCUGCCAACUACGUGGCGCCCAUGAUCCGGUGAAGCCCUUCUCCGGGGUCGGAGGCUUGUGUCUGAGCUGCCUGCAAGAGGAAGCAAGGAGGAAAGGCUGGAACUGCAUAUACGCGUGCGCGCAUACACACACAUAUAUGCCUAUGGGUACACACAUUUUAUAACAGUAAUUUAUUGGCAAUUUAGUUGGUUAAUUAGUUGAUAUGAAAGGAACUCAGGUGGAAGCUUAUAUUCAUACUUGUUUUUCUGCCCCACCCCCCCAAGGGGUGUGCCGGAGGUGGGGGCGCUUGGGGGAGGAGGGAGCAGGGAAACAGAAAUCCUUGCUCUCCUAAAGAUGGCACCACUUCCCCCUGGUCUUGGGAAUUUUCAAGGAGCUGAGCAGAGAUCCACACCCGGAGCUGGACGCAGAACCGCAGGGUGGGGCAGGACUCAGCGGGGCAUGUUCUGGCUCACCUGCGCGCCCGACUCACCCCGAGGGUUUGCAGGGCAGCCUCCCUCCUGCUCUCCCAGGGAGAGCGUGCUGGGUUGAGAAUUAGGGUGCAGCCGCUCCAGUCUGAGCUAGAGCAGCUGGGUGUGAGGCCUGGGCAAGGCCGGCACCUCCCUCUCCUUCAGUGGCUGCUCCUUGGCUGCUCCUCGUCCUGUGGCUGGCGUGGAGACACGGGGACACCGUGAGGGCCACGCACGGGGAAGUGAAGGGACUUGCACAGGCCUCCCAGGGGCGAACCUGGGUGUGAGCUCUGUGUCCCCGGCUUCUAAGAAAGCAGCACCCUAGCUUCUGUAAAGUGCUCGGAGGACCCCUGGCCGAGCAUGCCGGGUGGGAGAGUCAUUGUUCUGUGGUUACAGGGUGUCUCUUUGGGGCUCUGUUUGUUUUCUCUCUUGUUUUCUGCGUUUUGAAGAUGCCUUGCCCAGCGGCACAGACAGAAGCCCACGCCACAAGAGCACUGACUAGUGAUUGGCUAAUUGGUUGGUUGAACAUGACCCUGGGUGGGCCUGGCUUUUAGAUGAGCUUCCUGUUCCCCUGACCAUUGGACCUGGGCUGGCACCUUCCCUCCACCAAGAGCCGCACCUGGGGAAAGGAACCCCCCACCGUCUCUCCUCAGCACCUCAAAGUGGACUGUGUCUCCCAGGACCCACCCCUGGGCAUAACACAGACCAGCCAGGCUGGGGAACAGGGGCCCUGGGGAAGGGCGCUCAGUGUCCUAGGGUAGCUGGGAGCACAGCUCUGCAUCAGGGCACCUAGGAGGUUGUGCGUGUGAAAAAAGGGUUGGUUUGAGUGUGUUAGUGAGGGGCAUGCGGGGUGAGUGGGGGUCUGUUUCUUCUUCCUUCGUCCUUGCAUCCUUGCUGCUCUAAGGAGGGACGGGGACAACCAUCAUUGAAGGUCAUAUAAGCAAAAGAAAGAGUUUGUGACUCAGAAGUAACUGUCAGUGUAAUGCGGGCUAUCUCCCUUUGACCCUGAAUUCUACGAUUCUCUGAUUCCCCAGGACACCUUUAGAGAAAAACAGGACAAGAAGGGACUCCGUGAUGGGUCGCAGGAGGGGAGAGGAAGUCGCCUGAGAGAAGCAGGGGGAGGCGAGCGUGAGUGAGGGGCGUCUUGUAGCCUCUGAAAAUGAAAGCACAGGAAGGAAAAAGUAGCGAAGAUGUUUCACAAGAUGAAGGAGCCGCGUGAGAGGCGCAGAGGGAGGGGAGGGAGCAAGAGGUUAAGUGGGACAGGCCAGGAAGAUGCUGGAGUCAGCAGGCUCAGCUCCGGAGGAGGGCGGAGGCAGGUGGGAGGAGGAAUUGGAGCAGAGAGAUGAAGCCAGCAGGUAGGGGCAAAGGCACCACAGGAAUGAAGACAGAGCAGAGGCAAAGGGGACUCGAUCAGCUUUUUGGUGCGAGGCAAUGUGAACACGUUAAGGAAAAUAAAAGCCAGAAUUAAUGUCUGAUUGUACAGUAUUUACAACCCAUAUGCUUUAAACAGCCCACAAACGGGAUCUGUCUGUCUGAUUAUGUAGGAUCAGCCCCAGUGAGGACAGAGUGAGAAGAUUUGGUUCUGGCCUGGAUUUCGUGCCUUGAAACACUUUUCAAGAAAGCGAUAAUAAGACAAGGGCCUUGUUUUGCCGGGGCUGUGCCUAGUGAGACACACACACACACACACACACACACACACGGCGCAGGAGUCCUUGGCCCGCAGAGGCUGACCGCACAGUGUGGGCAGAGCUUUCAGAACCCCGGGCCUGGACCUUCUCUUCCACCAGAGGCCACUGUGGGAGUCAUUUUAACUGAGGUGCCAAAAUAGCCUGCUCGUUACAUGGCUCAGUUCAGAAGGAAGGUGCCACCCAGAGAACAAGGGCCUUAGGGACCAAGCUAAGGGGACAAGGCCCACACCGUCCACGCCGGGGGAGGGAGGCUGACCCUCCUGGGCCCUGGUGCCGGCUGGGGGAGCGCCUGCGAGUGCGUCCACCCGAUAGCAUCUCAGCCCCAGGGCUCGUCCACCAGUGCCUCUCAGGCUGCACAACCAGGAAACGGCACACUGUCUCUGAAUCCGGCUGCAAUGCCCUGUGGGACUUGGGAGCAGGGAACUUCCAGCGAAAACCCAGUUCCUGUCGGACCAGUUGGGUCUCACCAACGGCAUGCCGCGUCCCGCGUGCCGAGGCUCGCUGCGUUUCAAAUGCCUGGCCCCUGCCCCUGCCCACCCACGUUUAGACGGCCUUGGGGUGAUCUAAGCUGGUGCUUCUCAAAAUAAAUGUGCCCAUGAGUUGCCUGGGGAGUGUGUUAAAAUGCAGGUCCUGACUCAAUCCUGCCUUUCGACCAGUCUCAGAAGUUCUGUUGCUGAGCCACAGACCACACUUUGAGCACAAGGGCAGAGGACUCGGCAGUGAGCUAAACAGCUGCUCGGAUCCCUUUUCCCGGGACAUUAGGGCAUCUUUCUUUGUUGCUAACAAAUAAGUCGCUUGGGCUGUGGGACAGAGAGACAUGAUUCAGAGCUGUCAUUAUGACGUCAUAUUUGGCUGCCCAGGUGAUGUAUUAUUAUUAUAGCAUCUUUAUCUCCAUCAAGCAUCAGGAAAUUUUAGGGGGAGGGGCAUUCAGGUGAAGUACAAACUGGGAUUUCCGAAUAGUAAUCAUUUUAAACAUGAGCAGAGGUUACUGAACACGUUGUGAAAGCCUUCUCAGGAAAUCUUUAAACAAAAUUGAUUCCCACCAUCAGGUGUGGGCCUGCUGGGAGGCAGGGGAGUGGCCCGUGUGACAGCCUUAGAUCUGAGCCAGCCCAAAGCAAACCAGGCCGCAUAGGAGGCAGAUGGGCACGGCCAGAACAUCUGCCAUUUGUCUGUCUGAAGUCGACAGUUCGGCCUAGCUAUAGCAAGGCAAGGGCAAGAGAAAAACAUCGUGUCAAUUCUUUUUUUAAAUACUGCUCAGGUUCCUUCACUCUCUCCAUGACCACAGCCAUGCCAGCAACAUCUCUCCCUUAGGCAACAGAACCAACCUCCUCACCUUUCUCCCUGCUGCCCUCUUGCUCUACUCCCUUCUCCACACAGAGCAAUCUGUAAACCAGGAAUCUGAUUGCAUUACUCCCUUGCCCCUCGCACUUGGGUUAAAAUGCAGAGUCCUAAGUGUGGCCCUGUGAGGUCUGGCCCCUGCCUCCCUCCCCAGUCCCCAUCGGUGCCUCUCCCCUCCUUGCCUUCAUGCUCCUGCCCCACUGGCCUUCACUCAGCCUCCAGAUGGCCAAGGAUUUGUCCCCACGUCCUUUGUACCCACUGUUCUCUCUACCUGGAAUGCAUCCCCUGUUCUUCGCCUGGCUAAUUGCUAUGCAUCUUCAGGUCUUGGUUUAAGUGUCACUUUCUCAAAUUGUUAUUUUCUGGCCCCUAAUCUAAAACCA